GAGACCCGGAACGUGGACAUCGGUUUUACUGUAUUCAUCGUGAAAACACCCCUGUUGCAAAGAUGGUCAACGUACCUAAAACCCGAAGGACUUUCUGUAAGAAGUGUGGAAAACAUCAGCCUCACAAAGUGACCCAGUAUAAGAAGGGCAAGGAUUCCCUCUAUGCCCAGGGAAAGAGGCGCUAUGAUCGGAAACAGAGUGGCUAUGGCGGGCAAACAAAGCCAAUUUUCCGGAAGAAGGCUAAAACCACAAAGAAGAUUGUGCUGAGGCUUGAAUGUGUUGAGCCCAACUGCAGAUCCAAGAGGAUGCUGGCAAUUAAGAGAUGCAAGCAUUUUGAACUUGGAGGAGAUAAGAAGAGAAAGGGCCAAGUGAUCCAGUUCUAAGCCUUGAGAAUUUUUUUUAUUCUAUAUUUGAGAGGAAGGUGUUGAAGCCAUAGGGGGAAAAAAAAUGCCUGUAUGAGAAUAAAUACAGUGAUACCUU